CUCAAAUUCUCUAUAAUUCACAAUUCUACUGUUACCCCCUCCUCCCUGUGUGUUUUAGCCUACGUCUAUGUGUCUCUGAGUGUUUGUGCGCACCCUUCUGUGUUGAGAUAGCCUAUGUGGUAGAAAUACAUGGAAAUCCAUGGGAACACUCUCACAGCAUUCUAAUGGGUUGCGAGGAGAAUCGACUCUUGCAGACAUAAUUUCUCUUCGAUCAUCCCCUCAGCGCGUGAAAGGGUUCCAGUUUCACAUAUCUUGGCGUUUAAUUUUUUUCUUUGCCUCUUUUUUUUAAGCUAAAUAGAAAUGAACACUGCCAGUUUCCUUCAGAUAUCAACAGUCAUGUAUUCUUUUAAAGCACCGAAAACCUAGUUUUAAACUGUAUAUUAAGUCUUAAUGUGGACGUUUCUUUCAUGUUGGUAAUUGAAUCAGACGGUGUCACCAUUUGUAGCCUACACUGUCUCUUACUUUCAAGGAAGACCAAAGGAACAUAUUCAGUCGGGAGAUCAAGGCUGGAAGACGGUUGGGAUUCCCGAUAUGCAUCUUGGACAUUUAUUAGGUUGUUGUGAACCACACAUCUUGGAUUUUUGACGGUCUGAAUAUAUUUUUCGUUUUCGUUAAGUUUUAUUUCUGUUAUUUUCUUUCUUUUCACUCUCUCAGAAACAAGUAAGAUUUGCUGCUCUAACGUCUGGAUGAGAUAUCGCAGCUGUAUUUUUCUCCCCAAUGUACAUGUUUCCAGUAGACAAUUCGCUUCACCAGGGGAGACUGACAAUCUACUCGAUCAGAUGGAAUAAAUGGGGAUAUGCACAUUUCUAAUUUUUACAUUUUCUGUAAAUGGACUUUUCAGUGUCCGACGUCUAGUGUCGACUAUAGGUUUUAGAUUGUACAGCAAUCCCCACGCAGGAGCAGCGUUGGAGUUAUGAUUCUUAUGGAGGUUUGGACUGGGAAAUUACAACAGCCAACAUAAAAGGGACAGCGCUGGUUUCUUUAGGUCUACUUUUUCAGUUUUCGACGUGCGUUUGUCUUUCACCUGCUGAAGAUAAUUACCAGCGUUGGUUUUAAUCAAAAUGUUUCAUCUCCUGGUGUUAGUCCAUGGGAUCUGGGAUUUGCAUGGCCAUCCUUAGACUGGAAGAGGAUUGAAACAUCUGGGGACAACAACUAAUUUAAACAUACCUCUUUAAACUGAAUAGAAAGAUUUGUGGAAAUGCUGGGUCUUCAAGAAGAUAAAUUAUGUGGAAUUAUUUCUGCUCUGGCAGCUUUGUCCUUUGUCUGCUUCGCACAAAGUCCCAAUGAGAAGACCGGAAUAUCUGUGGCAAAGAGGACAGUGGACAAAUUGCUAAAGGGAUAUGACAUCCGCCUAAGACCAGAUUUUGGAGGUUCUCCGGUUGUUGUAGGAAUGAGCAUCAAUAUUGCCAGUAUUGACUCAAUCUCAGAAGUCAACAUGGAUUAUACCAUCACGAUGUAUUUUCAACAAAGUUGGCGAGAUAAGCGACUUGCCUAUACAGAGAUGGAACUUAACUUGACUUUGGAUAACCGUGUGGCAGACCAACUUUGGCUCCCUGACACCUAUUUCCUCAAUGACAAGAAGUCAUUUCUCCAUGGGGUGACCGUAAAGAAUCGUAUGAUACGUCUCCAUCCAGAUGGUACCGUUUUAUACGGCCUAAGAAUAACAACCACUGCUGCAUGUAUGAUGGAUCUAAGGAGAUACCCUCUUGAUGAACAGAACUGCACCUUGGAGAUUGAAAGCUAUGGAUACACUACCGAUGAUAUUGUGUUCUUCUGGCAAGGAGGUGACACCGCUGUAACAGGGGUGGAUAAGUUAGAGCUCCCACAGUUCUCUAUCAUAGAAUUACGGCUGGUAUCCAGAGAGGUGAAGUUCACCACUGGUUCUUAUCCCCGGCUCUCCCUGAGUUUCAGGAUCAAGAGGAACAUUGGCUACUUCAUCCUGCAGACAUACAUGCCCUCCAUUCUGAUUACCAUCCUUUCUUGGGUCUCCUUCUGGAUCAAUUAUGAUGCGUCCGCUGCUCGUGUGGCCCUAGGUGUUACUACGGUGCUCACCAUGACAACCAUCAACACCCACCUGCGGGAGACACUUCCAAAGAUCCCAUAUGUGAAAGCCAUCGAUGUCUACCUCAUGGGCUGCUUUGUCUUUGUGUUCCUGGCACUUCUUGAGUACGCUUUUGUGAAUUAUGUCUUCUUUGGCCGGGGUCCUCAGACACAGAAGAAGAUCCAUGAGCGGUUCAAUAAAGCCAACAAUGAGCGUCCACGCUAUGAGGAGAAACGCAUGAGAGACCAGGAUUCUAUUUCAGCACCAUUUCAAUCCAACACCCUCAGGUCAUACGCACAGCGGAGAAAUCUCUAUAUUGAGGAGCAAAGAAAAGUUGGGGUUGACGCAUAUGGAAAUAUUCUUCUCACCACUCUUGAUAUGAACAACGAGGUGAUGCCAUCAGAUGUAGGGAGUAACGUAGGCGACUCCCGCAACUCUGUCAUGUCCUUCGAGAGUACUGGUGUGCAGUUUCGCAAGCCCAUGGCAUCCAGGGAUGGCUACAGUCACCAUUCACUGGAUCGUACAGCCAUGCGGAGCCGAGCUAAUUGUCGACUACGCAGGCGCUCAUCGAAGCUGAAGCUCAAAAUUCCAAACCUGGCGGAUGUCAGCACGAUUGAUAAGUGGUCCCGGGUAAUAUUUCCCAUCACCUUUGGAUUCUUCAACCUAAUCUACUGGUUGUACUAUGUGAAUUGAUAUGCAUCCCAGGAAACAUGGGUGAUAUUUUGAGAGCACAUUUAAUUGGGUUUGAUACAAUUUGAAAAAUGUGUAUACACAUAAAACAUUGAUACAUAUGUAUAUGCAUAUUUCUAUAUAUUUAUAUAUAUAUAUUUACACACAUUUGUGUGUCAAAAAGACUUGUGUAAAACUACUAUUAAUAUAACGACUUGAAUGUUUAAGAAUAAUUAUGAAAAAAAAAAAAAACAUUUUGAGUGUUUGUUUUUUUUAUUUCUGGGAUGAAGCUGAAAAAAGAUACAAUCCCUUUCAGGAGCCUGAGAACUUUUGACUGCAUGGUAUUUUUGCUAAAAGAAAAGAAAGAUCUUGAGAAAAAUAUUUGAAACAAACAAAAAGGACAUAUUGGAGAGUAUCGCUGGCUUUUAUUAAUGUUCACAGUAAUCUGCAGUCCUGACUGGCUCAUGAAAUCAAAAAAAAGAAGAAAUUUUUUUUUUUUUUUGCAGAAUCUUUUCCCCCGUCCUUUCAAUAGUCAAGUCAGACCUCAAGCCCUCAGCCAAUCCCAUUUCCUAUGGAAAAGACAUGGAGCUCUACAUCUAUUUUCCCCCACUCUGUACAGCUAACGACAUAUGGUUUACGUAUUGUUUGCUAUGACGUUUGUUUGGUUGGUAGCUUUUUUUUCAAAGACUUAUAAUUUGGUCCAAAAUGUCCUUGCAACUAAAAAGUGACAUAGACUAACAUUGAGCAAGUCUGGUUACGCCAAGCCUGUUGAUGAAACGUUUCCUUUAUUUUUCCGUUAUUUAUUUUCUUCAUAUUUAGUUUUUGAUUUUUGAAAAUUUCAUGGACCAGUGCCUCUGGCUGUAUUUGAGUACGCUAUCAUGAACCGUUAAUGUUUGUGCUAAGAAUAGUGUCAUGGAAACCUUCAGUAGCAUUAAUAAGACCUUAAAUGUCUUAUUCGUUUAAACCUAUUUGUUACAAAAACCAUACACAGCUUAGUUUUCUGUAAUUCAGUAUCCUUUUUGGUAUCAUGAUUGGCACCAGUAUUGCCGUGAUCUGCACUGGAGCCUGAAACUAUCGACCUGAUGCAGUAUCGUCUAUUAUAGUAUUGUCUGUUUUUAUUUAUGUGAUUGGAACGUUCAGGGAAGUUUACUUGGUAUUUAGGACGGCAGUGGAAGAACGAUUUUCUUGGACCUUUGGCCAGAAAUUCUGAAAUCAACAUGAAUAAGGUAUAUCAAAAUAUAUUGCAGUUCAAAACAGGGAAUACAAAUGCUGUUUUUAUGUGACACUCUUAACAUACUUUCAUACCUUAAGAAUGUUAGGUGGUGUUAGAGUCCCUGUUAAAUGUGCCUGAAACUGAAAUUGAACUGAGAGGUGUCCUUACUUUGUCUUUCAGUAGGUUCAGAAAGAGAUAGUGGUAGGUCACUUAACUUUGCCCUCUGACACCCUCUCACACACAAGAAUGAGCAACACACCCAUUCCCCUGAUGUCACUGCUCUGUGGAUAGUGUCCCAAAAAAGUGACAGCAGAAUAAUCAGGAAGCUAGAUUUUACCUGGCAAAAGAAGGCAUACAAUAUAAGCCAUGAACUAAGUACCAAAAAGCCUACAAUACAUGUUUGAUGUGGUGCCUGUUGUGUUGUAUUUUGUUCUCAGCCUCAACCGUGCUUUGUAACUCACCAGUAUUUGGCACCUGACCACUUUUAUCUUCAAUUCAUCUGACUGCUGCUGUUUCAUGAAAGAGAUAAUCUCAGCAUCUAUGACAGCCCCCAUCUGAGUGGCUUUUUUUUAUUUCUUGUAGCCUGCUUCAUAGAGCAGUGCCAUGAGAGAACUAUCUUAUAAUAUCUGGGCAGAAUAUGAGAUUGUUAGCCACUGAAAGUGUAAGUAGGAACUUUCAGAGGACAAGGUAUGGAGCUCUUGAGCACCGCUAUAUCACGCCAAACCAAGUGCCAAGCGAAUCUCAGGUCUCACUCCCCUAGUCUCAUGUGUGUUAAUGGGCUCUUGGGCCCAGCAUUGCUACACCCAUGUGCUAACUAAUGCUUUUUUUCAGUAUUUUGUCCGUCUAAUUUUUAGUCUCUGUGAGCUGUGGAUUUUACACAAUCAAGAGUUAAGUAAGGAUUAGAGUAUUAGCAACUUUAGAACUACUUAUUGUUGCUAGCAUUGUAAAAAGUAACAAAACUAACAUGAACUGAAAAGUUAUUAUUUUCAGCAAAAUUAUGUUUCAUAUUGCAACAUUAUUGAAGAAAGAUAUUGAAGGUGCCGUUUGUAGGAUUUAGGGUGAUCUAUUAACUGAAAAUGGAAUGUAAUAUUUCUAAUUAUGUUUUCAUUUGUCUAUAAUUAUCACUUAUAUGUAACUAUGAAACAUUGUUUUCUCUUUAGCUAAGGAUUAUCACUUCACAUCUACAUAGGGAGCAGGUCUUCUUUCACAGAGUUUGCCAUGUUGUGCCACCAUGUUUUCUGCGGUAGCACAGAUUAGGCAAACUAAAACGCUGGCACUAGAGAGGGCGUUGGGCUUUUAUGGCACCUGAUAGCCAUGGCACUGUCGCUUCUCCUAUUUGAAAAAGGAGAGGUAUUUAGUCGGUUGCAAUCUGCAACCUUACUGCUAGAUGGCACUAAAUCCUACGAACUGCACCUUUAAGAUGAAAAAAAAUGAGUGACCUCAUGGGAAUUGAUCAUUCAACCUUCGUCAAAUCAAUAUAUAAAGUAUGUUUCCAUGUGUGGGAGAUUUUUAUAUAAUUUAUCAAGCAUCUUAUGCUUCUUUUUAAGCUUCUUUCUUUUGGAGAAGAUAAACCAGUAUGGAACUGUGUUAAUAAGUGUGACUGCUGUCCACUCUCUUGGUCAUAUAAAUGAAUACCCUUCAUAUAUACAUGGCCACACCCAUCCAUGUAGCAGAAUACUGAUGACUGUGUAUUGAAAUAAUGAACGGGAGAGAUGUGCAACCUCUAGUUGAGACUGAACACACAUAUGACUUAAGUGGUUGUGUCCUCCAACUAACACAACUUCCUGUCAAGGAUUGAGCUGACCAUUAAACCUGUAAUUAAUUACACCCGUAGGGACUUAAUAGACAUACAAGCUUUUAUUGAAAUCGGACAUACUGUGACAUUUGGAACACUUGUGCAGCAAAAAUUUGCCUAGCGAUCUUUCCUCAUCACUCUGUGUUUCAAAAAUCUUGUAACAACUGCAGAGUGUAUCUAGAGGUGUGCACCUUAUAUCAAGUAAGUUUUAUCAAGAAAAUCAGAGAGUUGGUUAUAAUAAAGAAGUGAAUGUUGUAGUCUUAAGGAACUUUUAUACUGGAUGAGACCCACAAAAAUUACAUUUCAGUGUUGUCAUUGGUAUUAAUGUACGUUUGUCGAGUUGAAGGUAAUUUGGUACAAAGUUGUGAAAACAUCUCCUAAUGGUCCUAAACAUGAAAGUAGCCUUGCAGAUAAGAUCUGGGGACCAUAACUGUGAAGACAUAAAACGUGUAAAGGAAGAUAAAGAUGCACAUCCACAAAAUAGGCUUUUACAAAUUUGGCUAUUAAACAACUGAUUUAGAGCAGUUUUGUUUGGGUGUUCACUGUAUAUUAACUGUAAAGCCCAACAUUCAUGGAAUUCUUCAUUGUCCUGUCAAAUUCAGCUUUUGAUUGUCAUCAUAAGCAAAAUAAUUAGUCACUGGGGAUACUAAUGACAGUCAACUCAUUUUUUCUGUCUGUCUUUAAGUUAAUAUUUUACAUAAUUAUUUAUUAAUUACUUAAUUAGGAUUGCUGGAUGAUGUCUGGCACAAGGUUCAUUUGGUUCUUUCAUGAAAAUCCUAUCCAUCCAUGUUAUCUGAUGAGUGGCGAAAUAGUGAGGUGGAAUCAUUGUGACCAUUUAGCUUUAGUCAGUCAAGUUCAUGUGGCCAUUAGUCUGCAACUAAAUCGUUUCAGAGAAUGCCCAACUCCGCGAUGCAUACAGUAUGUGUGCCACUCAACCAUUGCCACCCAAGAUGAUUAGUUAAAGUUAGAAUAAACAACAACCCAUUUGGCUUGGUUUAUUGAUGCUAAGAACGGCCACUGUGUCCUACACAAUUUGAACUAUGUCAUCUUUGUAGAUUAGAUCCAUUACUUCACUCUCCCAUCCCUUUGUUAAAAUCAGUUUACAGGAAUUUUGUGAUGUUGUGAAUAGAAAGAUAAAGACCUCUGAUCCAGUACACCCUGACCCAUUGACAAGAUAAAGUCUUUCAUAACAGAAACUCAUGUAUACUCAAAUAGAGGCUAUGUGAAACUCAGAUGUCCCAAUGGUUAACAAAGUUUUACUACCGGUAUGUGCUUUUGGACUGUCAGGAUUCUUUGGAGUUAGAUAGCAGGAAUAUCUGCAGUAACGUUAGUCUUUGGUAGCACAAGAAUAGAAGGGUUUAAAUUCUGUUUCAUGUCAUUUCCUACCCAAAACAGACAAGGGAAGCCAUGAUAGCAUCAUCUUUAUUGUCUUGAUGGAGGCCAGACUAGUGGACAGGCCAUUACAAAAAAGACUAGCAACACUAGUGGACGGGCAAAAAGACUAGCAACACUAGUGGACGGGCCAUUACAAAAAAAAAAAAAAUAUUGUAUUUCCAUACAUCCCUUGUUUUUGUGGUUCUUUGGGUUGAAUUUUGAUGAACAAUUUUACUAUAGCUGGCCAUUUUGUCGGUAUCAUUAAUAUUUCUAUUUAUGUACGUGAAGAUAGGUGGAUAAAUAUGUACCGAGUUGUUUAUUUGUUUGUUUUUGCUCUGUUUGGGAAGGGGCAAAGCUGUGGUCUUUUAAUGGGAAUUCAAGCUCGCAGUCAGUAGAACCAUCUCUCUUCUCUGUCCUCUCACAUAUGAAUUUACAUUCAUAUGUCAUAUGUCAACACUGUGCAAAAUUAACUACCUGCAUAACUUGUUUCAUGAUGCAAGAGGUUUUGUUUACAUUUAACUGUGUUUCUCCUUGACAGCAUUCGUUUUAUGAUGUGGGAGUAGGAAGUGAAAAAUGUGUUGAAUGAUUGAUUUCAAUGUGAAUUUUCUUGCCUUUUGUGUAUAUGUGUAAUUACAUGUGUAUUGUACUGUAAAUAUAUAUCUUUCACUUAUAUUUCUUACUGCAUGAACCAAACAAAACAGUUUGUAAUAGCAGCUAGAAUCACUGAUAAUGGCAUGAACAGCUUUUGCAGCACCAGAAUCCUUCAGAAAACAAAACCUAUGAAAAAAGGGCGAGUGGCUAAAGUUAAGAUAUUGGUUUUGUUUUGCAUGCCUUCAUGAAAAGGUUUAUUUUGAUAUUUUUCUAUCUUGAACCUCUGUAUCACCUAACAUCAGUUUGAAGAUGAGACAAAUGGAUAACCGUUUCUUCUCAAUGUAGGCAUCAUGGACAGACAUAAAAAAAAAAAAAUAAGCAUUACAGUGAGAAAAAUAUGAGAAAAGAAAAGCAAUGAAUCCCAUUUGUCAUGGAAAUGACAAGCGUGUGGAAAUAUUGUGGUUCACUAACCCUUCCGCAAGGUGUAGCAUAGAGAUAACAUCAGUCUUAAUGAAGACUAUGGGUUAAACUGUUGGUCAUUGAUAUACAUGUUUUACAUUGGUAUUGGUAUGUCAGGAUGUAGAUUACUUUUCAUGUGAAAGAACAAGUGGAACUGGACAAGUGGAAACCUAGGUCCAAGUGAAGUAAAAGUGAUUUAUUGUAAAAGAAUACAGAAGAAAACUUGUCUCAGUGAAGUAGUUGACUUUCCUAAGUAAUACAAAAGGAAACCUAUUUCUCAGUGAGGUUGAGAUCAAUUGAAGACAGACAAAGGAUCUUUACUUUCACUUAACAAGGCAAGUCAAGCACAUGUAAGGGAAAAAGAACUAAACAUUCAAUCACUGAGUAUGGUUUUUAUUUCACUUCUAGUUGCCUGUAUUCCUUGUAUUAUUUUAGUAAUUGUAACUUCUGUUGUUUUUCCAUCAAAAUGACAUAUAUUUAUAUUUACAGUAAACCAUGCCCUAAAAGUAAUAUUUAUCUUUUUUUCUACUGUGAAAUUUGUUUUCAUCAGGUUUUUCAUUUGUGCUUGUUAUAUUCUUUUUGAUAUAAUGUGGUUUUCGGUUUAAUUUGUCUUUAUAAAUUCAAACAUUUGUAAAGUACAAGGUUGUAUUUUUGUCAGUGCCAAUUAAUGUAAGAGUGUCAAUCAGUUUUUCUAUGUGUUUGAGCAAAAUGUUUUUUUUCUACCAAUACAAAGUGUUAACAUUACGUGGUACAAAAGGUUAUAAUUAAACCAACUGAUUUUUACAAAUAAAGGCUUACAGAGAAAA